AUUUGUUGAACAUUUGAAUUGAAUAUAUUACUUCAAGUGUUCAGACAUUAAAAUUAAUAGGAGUACCUGACAGGCCAUGGAGAUGUCCGAUAACUGUAACAAAGGUAGGCAGUUGCAAAGGACCUUUUCUCCGCCUUAGGAAAUAAGAAACCGCUCUGCUUGGUGCGACUGGCCAAGGGCAGAACUUCUCCACGUUUACAAGCUGUUUGCAGCAGCACCAUGAGCACCAACCCGUCCCCCGCUGCAUCCGAGCAGCUCUGCUACCAGAACGUGACCGGAUCCUGCGCGAAAGCCCCUUACUCGCCCGGACCCCGGCUCAUUCUCUACACACUGUUCAGCGUGGGGGCUGUGCUGGCCGUUUUUGGAAACCUCCUGGUGGUGAUUUCAAUCCUGCAUUUCAAGCAGCUGCACUCGCCAACCAAUUUUCUCAUCGCCUCUCUGGCCUGUGCUGACUUUCUGGUGGGGGUGACCGUCAUGCCCUUCAGCAUGGUCAGGUCUGUGGAGGGCUGCUGGUACUUUGGGCCAAGUUUCUGUACCUUCCACACGUGCUGUGAUGUGGCAUUUUGUUACUCUUCCCUCUUCCACCUGUGCUUCAUCUCCAUCGACAGGUACAUCGCUGUUACUGAGCCUCUGGUCUAUCCUACCAAGUUCACGGUGUCCGUGUCGGGGACAUGCAUCGGCAUCUCCUGGAUCCUGCCCCUUGUAUACAGUGGUGCCGUGUUCUUCACAGGUGUUCAUGAUGACGGGCUGGAGGAAUUAGGAAGUGCCCUCAGCUGCGUAGGCGGUUGUCGGCCACUUAUAAAUCAAUUUUGGAUUUUGAUAGAUUUGCUAUUAUUUUUCACACCUACUUUUGUAAUGAUGAUGCUGUACAGUAACAUUUUUCUUGUGGCUAGAAAACAGGCUAUAAAGAUUGAAAACAUUAGUAGCAAAACAGAAGCAUCAGGGACGUACAAAACCAGGGUGAGUAAGAGAGAGAGAAAAGCAGCUAAAACCCUGGGUAUCACGGUGGUAGCAUUUUUGAUCUCCUGGUUACCGUACAUGAUUGAUUCAUUCAUUGAUUCUUUUGGGGGGUUUAUAACACCUUCUUAUGUUUAUGAGAUAUUUUGCUGGCUUGGUUAUUACAACUCUGCUGUAAACCCUUUGAUCUAUGCUUUAUUGUACCCUUGGUUUAGGAGAGCAAUAAAACUCAUUAUAAGUGGUCAAGCGUUAAGAGUAGACAGUUCAUCAACGAUGAAUUUGUUUUCUAAAAAACCCUAAAUUUCAAAUUGAGGAAUUUAUUGAUAUAUUGGGAAUUUAAUGACCCAGUAAAUUGAGGAGGAAAAAUGGUACCUCAAUUUCAGGGGCAUAACUUUUCUGCUUCGUUUUCGUGGUGAACUAAACAUCUUCAAGUAUUUGACAGAAAUGUGCUUACUAAACAAUGGUUGACACAGAGUUUAUAUUUCCCAGUUUCCCCAAAUCUGUGCACUUGCCUGCUUUGUCGGUUCUUACUUAUUUUUCAUGUCCAGGCCUCCCUUUCAACCUUGUCUUUAAGCCGCUUUCAAAGGUUUCCAGUGAAAUCUCGCCCAUCCCUGUCUUCUCUGGACUCCGUGUGCUUGACUUCCAUUUUAAGCUGCUUGUUUCUUGGGGGCCCAUCUUUCUGUAGCUCCUGGAGAUCUCCGAGCCAUACACAUCGGUCACUCCAGACUCAGAGCCAGACUCAGAGCCAGACUCAUAUUUUAUAUCGUUGGAGAUAUUUUGUGGAAUAAUUAUGAGCAGACCUUGUAAAAUGCAUGCCAGAGAUUGUCCUUUAUGUGAUUGUUUCUUAUCCUAUGAGGUAUGUUGUUUUUCCUUCCAGCCAUUGUGGAGGGCCGUUUUCUGUCAUUUCUUUUUUCUUUAUUACACUAUCCAGAGUGGUACAUUGUUGGUGAACUAAAUAACAAUAUAUUAUAAGUUAUGGUAGAAGGAUGAACUGUUCAAGAAGGGAUGAUAUGGUUUAAAGCUCUUUGGAGAAUAUCGUUAAACACCUUAUGUCAUGCCAUUCACAAAAGCAAAACAAAUUUCUUUCAGAUGUUAGAAGAGUCAAAGAAAAUAUUUUAUAAUUUUUCACUGGAGGGACCCUGACUGAAACUGACUGUAGCUUUCUGCACAUAAUUUAAAUUUUAAAACUUCAAGGGUGCCUGGGUGACUCAGUCAGUUGAGCGUCCGACUUCGGCUCAGGUCAUGAUCUCAUGGUUUGUGUGUUUGAGUCCCGGGUCAGACUCUGUGCUGGCAGCUCAGAGCCUGGAACCUGCUUCCGAUCCUGUGUCUCCCCUUUCUCUGCCCCUCCCCUGCUUGUGCUCUGUAUGUCUCUCUCUCUCUCUCUCUCUUUCUCUCUCAAAAAUAAAUAAAAAAAUUUAAUGUUAAAACUUCAAAAGAAAACAAAGCCAAAUUUGGGGGGAGGGAGGCAAACUUGGGGGAAAUUACUGGCAGCGAACAUGGUGAAGGGAAGGUUAAUAGAUUUAAAAACAUAGAGGCCUUUUCCAAAACAGGCAUAGCUUAACACCUCCCAUACAAAUAAAUAGGCAAUUUUACGGAGGAAAAAAAUAUGAUUAAUAAAUACAUUAAAAUGCCAAAUGUACACAUAAUUUUAAAAUGUUAAAAUGUGGCACUGGUUCAUAUAUCAAGUGGGCAAAUAUUAGAAGAAUAAGAAAUACCUGAUAACAAUUAGGGUAUGGAAAAUUGGGCACUCUCAAGAAAAUAGAACUUGCUCACAUACAUCUCACAAGAAUACAACUUAGUAUCAGUUUUCUGAGGGGAAUUAAAAUUUUUUUAUAAAUUUUAAAAUACACCUGUCAUUUCUAGUAAGGAAUCCAAAAAAAAAAAAAAAAAAGUAAGUCAAGGAAGCAAGCA